CCAGACAUGUGCUGAUAGAGGGGUGGUACUGACACAGUCAGAUAUACUGGCAAAACUCCAGUAGUAAGUGCCAUUUAGGAUUAUGAAUUCAGAUGGGUGAAAAGAGAACACAUCGUACGGGAACACGUACCGUGCUUGACACUGCACAGCGGAAACUGCGUCUUAAGCGCUUUAUUGAGUCCCUUGAUAAAGACAACUUUCAAGAGGAUAUUAAUAUCAGCACAGCUAGACUUCCCGCUUUUGAAGAGAAACCUGUUACUAAAAAGAGGAAGAAGACAACGAAAAGGAGAUUCCCAAAAUCAUUUCAGGCGUUACUAGAAGACCCAGUGAACAGUUCGGACGUCUCACAGUACAACUCCGCCCAAGUUCCCGUUUCCCGAAUUCCCGCCAGAAACUUCUGCUCGGUAUGUGGGUACCGGGCCUGUUACAAGUGCAUAGUAUGCGGGACUAAAUAUUGCUGCUUAAAAUGUGGACAAACUCAUUCUGAGACCAGAUGUCUAAAGUGGGCUUGAAGUUGAGUGUUUGCCACUAAUUAUAAGUGAUAAAAUGUAUCAUUAUUGUGAAGUUUUAGUGAGUGUGCAGCUCCUGUUUUACUUUGGUUGU